CCAAAGAUUUGAUUGUUUGUUGUGGGAUUUAAUAUGAGCUCCCAAAAUAAAGUCAUCGAGUGUUUCGUAGCUCAACCGCUUAGCCAUACAGUACAAAAGGUUCACGGUGUGGUGGUUUCUCAAUUGUUUACAAGUACAACCUCCACUCCUUUUUGUUCUCGUUGUUCACAUCGUGGAGUGAACUUGGCGUCACAAUCUAACGUAUCGCAUAAACUUUUUCGCAGUAGAGUUUCCACGAGGCAUAUCAAGAUCUAUUUACAGUCAAGACAAUAUAGAGUCAACUCUCCUCUAAAAGUAAAAGCGACUGUGACGGAGAUAGACUCUCAAGAUCAACUAGAUCAAGAACUAGAAAAGGCAGGAUCCAAGCUUACCAUCGUAGAUUUUUCUACUACUUGGUGUGGGCCCUGUAAAGUGGUCGCUCCCAAAUUCGAGGAACUCAGCGAAAAAUAUCAACAAGUGUUAUUUUUGAAGGUUGUUGGGGAUAAGAGCGGGGAAACCAACAAAAUAAUGAAAUCUUUCGGUAUUCGAGCUGUUCCAACUUUCAAAUUUAUAAAAGGGAAGAAGAGUAUUUAUGAAGUUGCUGGGGCAAGAAUUGAUGCUUUGGAAGAUGGUAUAAAGAGCUAUAUGUAGUUGUUGCAGGAAGUGUGGGUUGUUAUGCGUUUUGAUAUUUUCUAUU